GACAACACUCCACAUGUGAUGCGAGUGACGGAGUCAGAUGCCGGUCUCUGUAUUCUUCGUCUUCCUUCUUCCGUUUCUUCAGAAACUUUGUCCAAACCAAAACCCUUCUUCUUUCUUUCACCAUCUUCACACUUCACCAUUUUUUCACUGUUAUUGAUUGCAUCCAAUGAAAGCUAGCACUCAUGGCAACUGCUUCCAAUUCAAAGAUUGAGUUCCUCGUCUGGUUGUCUCAAAUCAUGGGCGGUCUCUGCUCCCGCUCCGCCACCGUUGACCGCGUCUUCGCCACCACCACCACCACCACCGAUGCCGCCGCCACCGCUUCUCCUUCCAACAAAACCACCACCACCGCUGAUUUCACCACUCCGCCUCAACCACGCGAAACCAUGGACCGAAACCUUCCAGAACCUUCCGAUUUCUACGACGGAAUCCCUCGUUUCCCCGAUAAACCUAGGGCUAGAGCAUCCAAGGUUUCGGAGGUGAGUUCGCGGCUAGGAAGAGUUGGAUUGGAGGUUUUGGACACUCUAGGCAGCAGCGUUACCAAUCUGAACUCCGGCGGUGGAUUCGUUUCUGGUGCUGCUAUCAAGGGGAAUGAGGUUGCCAUCUUAGCGUUUGAAGUUGCCAACACCCUCGUCAAAGGUUUUCAUCUCGUGCAAUCUCUCUCGCCUCAAAAUAUCAGGCAUUUGAAUGAGGACGUGCUUCUUUCAAAGUCUGUGCAGGAUUUGGUGUCCAAGGAUAGGGAUGAGCUUCUUAGCAUUGUAGCUGCUGAUAAGAGACAGGAGUUGAAAGUUUUUUCUGAUGAGGUGAUUCGAUUUGGGAAUCGUUCGAAGGAUCCUCAGUGGCAUAACUUGGAACGUUACUUUGAGAAGAUUAGCAAGGAAUCAAAUGCUCAGAGACUAUCAAGAGAUGAGGCAGAAUCAAUCAUGCAGCAGUUGAUGAACCUGGUUCAAUAUACAGCUGAAUUGUACCAUGAACUUCAUGCUUUAGAUAGAUUUCAACAAGAUAUCCAGCGUAAGAGUGAAGAGGAGGAUAACAAAGGUGAUGACCUUGCAUUCUUGAGGGCUGAAGUUAAAAGUCAAAAGAAGCAAAUUAAACAUUUAAAGAAAAAAUCACUCUGGUCUAGAAGUUUGGAGGAGGUUGUAGAGAAGCUUGUAGAUAUUGUCCAUUUUUUACAUUUGGAGAUAAGCAAUGCCUUUGGAAGUGAAGAUGGCUACAAACCAAUAAUUGGACACAUGAGCAAUCGCCAAAGACUAGGUCCUGCUGGCCUUGCUUUGCAUUAUGCAAAUAUAGUGCUUCAAAUUGAUACUCUUGUAGCCAGAUCUAGUGCUAUGCCUUCGAAUUUAAGGGAUACAUUAUAUCAAAGCUUGCCUCCUAAUAUAAAAUCAGCUCUACGUUCCAAAUUACCAUCCUUUCGUGUUGUAGAAGAGCUAACUGUAGCAGAUAUCAAAGAAGAGAUGGAGAAAACAUUACAAUGGUUGGUUCCCAUUGCCACAAACACAUCCAAAGCACAUCAUGGUUUUGGUUGGGUCGGGGAGUGGGCAAACACAGGCUCUGAAGCGAAUAGGAAGGCUGUCCAGACUGGUAUCAUGCGGAUCGAGACAUUCCAUCAUGCAGAUAAAGGCAAAGUAGAAUACUAUAUUGUGGACCUUCUGUUAUGGCUUCAACGUUUGGCCAUUAAAAUAAAAGCUGGCAGCGAUGCUGGUAAAGUGAAGUCUCCUAUGAAAUCUUCUGCUGGCACUACCUCGGAAAAGACGAACAAGGAGUCUACAAAUGCCCUAUCACCAAUAUUAACAAUUGAUGAGCAAACCAUGCUGCAGGAUGUAAGUAAGAAAGCACUAAUUAAAGGGAUCAGUAAAAGCAUGGACUUUGACAGUCUCAGGAGUAGGUUGAGGGAGAACUACAGACUCACCAAGAGUUGGAGUCUUUCAUCAACUAAAAGCAAGGAACUCUCUUUUAAUAGGAUUUUGUCUAAGCUUCCUGUGAUUGAUUUUGACAUCGACAAAGAAAGAGCAUUGAAUGUGAUAGACAGACUAGAUGUGGUAAGAUAAUUCGCGAGCUCUUCUGAUUGCCUUUGGAACGAGUAGGAGGAGGUUACAAUCCAUGUGAUAUAAGUGUGAUGCAUACUCCAUCUUCUGCUUCAAGUGGUGAACGCCAUAUUUUUUGCAGCAUGGUCACCAUGGACAGCGUCAGCUUCGUCUGUGCUUUGUUUUGGUGAAGUUUCUCGAUGAUGUAGGUCAUUGUUGAGAGGCAUUCAUGCUUUGUAUCCAUGUGACUGCAGUGCCCACUUUGCAUUGGAGCAUGGAGGACUGUGGUUCAUUCGUCAUUGUAUAUACUAAAUGAGUUACUCAGAGUAUAGCGCCUGUUGUUCUACACAGCUUUUAUUUUUGUGGGUUUGAUUACCCAUUCACACUGAAUCUAAACUUUUUUCAUGAAAAAAAUGUGAUCUCAUUUUUUAUUUGUCA